AUGCCUCUCAGCCAAAAUUUGACGGCCAACUUCAUCGUCUCGACAUCGGGGACCCCCAUUUGGGCUGCAAGUAUGGCGUAUGGCAGCCCAACUACGACGAACAACCAAGCAGAAUACAACGGGCUGCUCACCGGCCUGGUAUACGCACACAGGGCGAACAUUGACCCGCUAUUUGUUGUCGGGGAUAGUCAGCUCAUCAUUCGGCAGCAGCGGACUCGCGCCGAACCACGAGCGCAUCAUUUGCGUCAACUUUAUAUGCGAUGCAGAGUGCUGGCAGACAAGUGCAAGGUAGUCAAGUGGACACAUCAACUCAGGGCAUUUAACAAGACAGCGGACUCGCUAACCAACUUGGCUAUGGACACCGCUCGCAGCAGACAAGUGAUAUUUUCUCCAGAAACUACGGAUGAUCACUUCCACACGGUAGUGAUGCGAUACGCUGCUAGUGAUCUACGCAAAUGGCUGGAUGAUUGUGCAGAAGAUCGCAGAUAA